AUGCCCGAUAUCAAGAAGCUAUGUUACUUGUGUGAGACCUUAUCCAGUCUCCCCAGCAUUCCGGUUUCCAGCUUUGCUAAACGACCUGAGAAUUACAAGGCGACCAUUGAAUUAUUGAAGGAUAAAUACGAGCACGAACAUUUAUGUUGCACAUUGGAUUCAGUUCUUCGCCAACUCACAGCUCUGGGGGACGAUAUAAAUCAUCCCAAUAUCGUAGCAGCAAUCGAGGCGAAGCUGCCCUUUGAGACCAUACAACAAGUGUGCAGAGCGAAGCGACAAAACCUGCAGUGGUCGGUCUCUCACCUUUGCCAACUCAUCAAGGAAACGCUUGCGGACAGACUCAAAGCACGAGCUAUAACUAUCUCGGUCACUAUAAAUAAGGCUUUUUCCAGAACACGCGAUUCGGUAGCGACAACCGCUAAACCGCCACAACAGAAGACGAAAAAACCUUCUCCUAAACAAGUUCCGACUACUAAUUGUGCAUUUUGUGAGGGUCGUCACUACAAUGAUCAUUGUUCGGUAUAUAAGUCUAUUGAUGAGCGGCACGCACGUGCUACUCAAAAGCGAGUUUGUCUUCACUGCUUGAGACCGGGCCACUCUACUAAGACCUGCAAAUCUCACUUAAACCGUGUUUUUAUUGCAAAGGCAAUCGUUCCGCAGCAUUAUGUACUAAGAAGAGUACUGCGACUCCGGCGACAUCAGUAA